AUGGGCGACGUAUUCCUAGGCUUUAGGCCGAGGUCGAGUGACAUUUUGAUAGCUAUUAUGGGGAUGACUGGGUCUGGGAAGAGCACUUUCAUCUCGCUGUGCACUGGACAAGAUGUUCCCGUUGGCCAUGAUCUGCAAGCUUGUACACAGCACGUCACUGCAUACCAAUGCAAAUGGUCAGAUACCUCUGAUAUAUAUCUGCUGGAUACUCCGGGGUUCGAUGACACGAAUCGAUCAGAUACCGAAGUUCUCAAAGAGAUUGCUUUAUGUCUUGCCAAGACAUAUGAAGACAAUGUCAAACUGAGCGGGAUCCUAUACCUUCAUAGAAUCACAGAUCGUCGUAUGGGCGGAUCUGCUCGAAAGAACCUCAUGAUGUUCCGGAAGCUCUGUGGAAAGGACAGUCUCAAGAACGUUAUUCUUGUCACUACUAUGUGGGAAGCCGAGAACGCAGCCACGGGAGAAAAGCGAGAGCAAGAGCUGAUCGCCACGGAUGGUUUUUGGGAAGCCCUGGUCGAAGAAGGCGCUCAAGUCAAUCGUCAUAAUAAUACCCUCUCAUCCGCAAUGUCCCUGCUCAAAACUGUUGCCAAAAACAAUCGAGUCACUAUUUCCAUUCAAAAGGAAAUGGUCAGUGAGCAUAAGGAUCUAAAUGAGACUGAAGCUGGCAUUGGCCUUAACUCGGACAUUCUUCUAGCUGAGCAAAGGGUCAUCAAGGAGAUGUCAGAAGCCCUCGAAAUGGAGAGGCAAGCCCGGAAGGACCAGGACGAAAAGUCAGCCGAAGAACAACGCCAAUAUCGCGAGACGAUGAAGAAAAAGAUUGACUAUCUCAAUCAAGAACGAAAAAAUCUCAAGGUCAGUCUUGAAGAGAUGAAAGAACAGAGACGUCGCUUCAAAGUCCUGGAAGGGAAGUACCAAGAAAGCCAAGAGCGGGUGGGCCAACGGGACAAGAAGAUUGAGGGUCUGGAAGAGCAACGCAAGAUCCGAGAACAUGAGAUGCUUCAACGAACCGAAGAAACUACCAAGGAACUCCAGAUUCUCCGCCUUCAGCUCAGCGAGAGUGGAACUGCUAGAAUGGGGAUCUCGAGAACGGGACCUCGAAGCUCAAUGUCUCAUUAUGUAAAGCCCCCCUGGGACGUUUCCUUGUUCCUAUCAAGAAAGGACUUCUUCUUUGGAAAUAAAGGGGAAAGCUUUGAAUGCCGCCAAAACGACCUGAAGCCAUUGAUAGGUGACAAUGAUAAACACAAGAUUUGUGCACUAGGCGCCAACGGAUCAUGGCUCUACCACUAUCAUACUGGAAGUGACCUUAACUGUUGGACAUGUUGGUCCGACUCGUUAGCGACCGAGUAUCCGAAGCUCGUCGCAUGGCUCGAAAAGCACCAAAAGUUUGGAUGUCCCAAACACAUAAGCCUUGGUACCAAAGGUUUCUUUUUCAUCACCAUGAUGGAUAACUCGGCCUACUGGCGUUUCCCAAAGUCCGUGUCUAGAGAUCUCGGUGAGUACACUGUUGCAACUAUUGCAGGGUCCAUCCGAAGGUUUUGGUUUGGCUACAAUCAUGAUUACGUGGCCGAAAUGGAUACUGCUGAGUAUCAAUGGCGCAUUGAUAGUUACGGAAGUCUUGAACGCUUAGUCGAUGCAAUUGCCAAAGAAGAAGAAGGAAUCAAGCAACUUGCUAUGAAUAUUGAGGAUCCUAGAGGGUACAUUUUGAUCAAGGAUGGAGGAGGAGCAUUAUGGAAUGCUGGAACUAAUAGUGGCCGGUUUGACGAGUCAACUUGGCAUAAGUUCAAAGAUCACAACCAGGAUACCUGGUAG